UUCUUAUAAAUAAUUAAUGCGCAAAUGUGCUAACACUUAAAACAGUUACAGUGAUGAACAUAAAAAUUAGGAAAACAAAAUCAAAAUUAAAAACUCGAACUAAACACUUUCUGAAAUAUGUAUUGGAAUAGUUGAGGUUAUGUCAAGUUAGACAAUGCUUCGUGUAUAUUAGAUUCUACGAAUUCACUCGCGUAGCAAAUUGGAUAAUAUUUUUUUUGCUAAAAAUUAAGUUUUAACGCACACAUAAAGUUAUCAUUCAUUUUCAACUAUUCGAAUAUGUUUAAUAUCUACUGUGCUCAAAAGUACACCAUGUGAAUAUUGGGGCCAUAUAAAUAAGGCUUCCAUUUGCUUUCAGUAAUUUAUUCAUAGAUUUCCUGUUGCAAACGAUAAUUUGGGCAUUUUGUUGAUUGAAGCUUCCGCUUACUAUCUGAAAUGGAUAAGCCUUCAGUGGUGGACAGUCGUCAGUUUUUCCACACACAUUGGCGCCUGUGGCUGUUGUUGGGUUGCGUACGUGAGCCAGUGCGCUACCAGUUGCUCUAUAGCCUCUACCGCCCAAUCGUCAAUGCGCUCAUAAUACUCUUCUACCCGGGCACCAUACUUUUAGCUCUCUACAAUAGCGGCAACCUAAACGAUUUCCUCCAAACGCUGCCCAUUUGCGCCGCAGCUCUCGCCUGCAGCGCUAAAUACAUAAGCUACUAUCGUAAGCUGAAGUUGGUGCGGCAAGCAGAGCAGGUCUUCAACGCUUUGGAUGGAGAGGUACUAUUAGAAGAGGAUCGGGUGUUUUUCGCUGGCAUUCACCGAGCCACUAAUUUGAUAUUAAAUACACUGUGUGGCUUGUGUGCUUUCUUCUUCGUUAUUACAGUCAUGGCGUCCAUUGAGAACCGGGACUUGGCCAUUGCCAUCGAGUUGCCGUUCGAUUGGCACGCGUCUACGGCGUCCUAUGUUGGCGCUGUUGCAUUAGACCUAUUCCUUCUGGCCUGCGAUCUCUUGCAGAGUCUGGUGAAUGACUCCUUUCCUGCGGUUGCUUUGUGUAUUCUAUCGAACCACACACGUUUGCUAGGAGCUCGGCUUAGUCGGAUCGGCCAUACUAGUAAGGAUGUGCAGGCGAAUAUCCGAGAGUUGCAGCACUGCAUUAUUGAUCACCAACGUUUGUACAGAUUGCUGGCAAUCAUUGAAGAAAUCAUUUCAAUGCCGGUCUUUGUUCAAUACGCAGUCACCGCUUUCCAGGACUGCUUCACUCUGAUAACAUUUAUAUUCUACACGAACACCAUUUCCGAUAAACUUCUGUAUUUGACGUACUUAUUGGCUCUGCAGUUGCAAAUAUUUCCCAUCUGCUACUAUGGCACGGCUUGUGCUCAGUCGAUGGAGGAUCUGCAGCAGAAGAUUUUCGCCAGCAAUUGGGUUGAACAGGAUCAGGUGUACCGACGUCUGGUGACUAUAAUCUCUCAGUGCUCCUUAAAAAGAACAACAGCCUAUGCGGCGGGGCUCAUUCCCAUUCACCUGGGCACAUUCGUAAAAACCCUUAAAGGCGCUUAUUCCUUUUACACAUUUGUGAAUGGUGUAAGAAAAGUGUAAAGAGGCUGUUACCACAAAAUGCUCAGAUUAAUAUCUAUUUUCGUUAUAAUAAACGAACCGCUGAUCACUUUGAUGCAAUCGACGACUAUACGAGGAAAACAAAGUACAAAAUAAAGGCUUACGAUUAUUGGGUUGGCAACUAAGUAAUUGCGGAUUUUACUCAUAGAUGGCUUCAGUUGAAUUUUUAGGUUUGCUGGCGUAGUCCAAAUGUAAAACACAUUUUGUUUUUUGAUACUUGGCAAUUCAGCUAUCAAUCAGUAAAAUAAAGUUUUUUG